AUGGUGGCCACUGAGUCCGGGGCGACCGAAAGGUCUGGUUUGGCUCUGAAAUUUGCUGAUGGCCGCGAUGUGGCUGCAAUCAAUAACCAUGACACUCGAAGUCUAAUCAAUGUGAGCGGCGAGCCAGAUCUGGCUGAAGCCAGCCACGCAGAUCAUGCGCCUUCCGCGUCGAUGCCAGUGCCUGUGCCUGUAUCGCCACUUCCUUCUCUGCAGAUUCGGACCGACCUGUCUAGCCAUCGUCCCACCAGUUCGCAUCGUGAAUCCGAUUCUUUAGCCUCGCUCAGUGUAUCCUCCGGCAGCUAUCCCCGGCGUACUCCCAGUUUACGCGCCCUCAUUGCCCCACCAAUCUCCAGCGCAGGAUCUCUAUCGCCCGCCUCUCUCAUUUCCUCGCCGCAGCUCAAUGCCAUGGGGGAUAUCACUCCGCUGCCUUCUCCAAUCGGCGGGGCUUCACCUUGGCGCCGAGGCGAACUACCGUCCUUAUCGCGCACGUCCUCGACAGCUUCACGGAGUGGGUCCAGUUUGCGACUGAGUGAUUCCUCGCAGAUGCUGGGCCCCCCGGCUUAUCGAUCCCGCGGAAAGUCAUAUACUGGGCUUAAUGAUUUGGGACAAGAGUCCCCAAUCGCCAAUCGGAAACGCCACGACUCGCCGACUAAGCAUGUUCGCAAUCGCAGCCUGAGUGAUUAUGCGCCACAAGGCCGUAUGUCACUUCCCCGGCCGAUUGCUGUUUCUGGGACGGGUCCUACCAUUGCUCCGUCGUCCAGCUCUGAUUCAAAAUCAACGGGCCUACAUCGCGAACAAUAUCUGGCUGUCCAUCGAGGCAUUGCAUUGCCUACUGUUCGCCCUCCGAGUCCGCCCCGCAGCAGUGGCAGUGGCUAUGGGGACAGUGAUACGGAACCAGUCAUUCAACACCCUGCUCUGCUUUCCAGUUCGGAUGAGAUCUACUCCGUUCGGUCAAUACGCACCCAGCAAGCUCGUAUCUAUCGCAAGUUACGAGUUUUGGGCCAAGGAACUUUCAGUCAAGUGAGCUUGGCAGCACGUGUUGAACAACCUAUUCGGACACCUUUAUCUCCCUCUGAAGAUGGUACUGCCAAUACUAUCGCUCCCAUGGCUACCCAGAAACUCGUGGCUGUUAAGAUAAUUGAGCAUGGCCCUGCUGGUGGUGCUGACCAGGAGCGAUUGGAAGUGUCUUUGAAGCGUGAGGUGGAAAUCCUCAAGUCCUUGAACCAUCCAUCACUUGUUCAAUUGAAAGCGUUUGGCAGUGAUGAAAAACGCGCUUUGUUGGUCCUAGACUAUUGUCCUGGGGGUGACCUUUUUGAAUUUGCUACUUCAGGGACCCGGCCUUCGUCACCCGGUCUGAUUCGACGCAUCUUUGCGGAGCUAUUCAGCGCAGUCCGCUAUCUACAUGCAAACUACAUAGUGCAUCGAGAUAUCAAGCUAGAAAAUGUCUUGUUGACUAUGCCAAUUCACGCCAUGGAGGAUGUCAAAGACUGGCGUACCUAUGAUCGAGCAGUUGUCACCCUUAGUGAUCUCGGGUUAUCAAGACGCAUACCAGAGCCCCCCGAAAGCCCAUUGCUUCAGACUCGGUGUGGCAGUGAAGACUAUGCAGCCCCCGAAAUCCUCAUGGGUCAACCUUACGACGGUCGUGCGACAGACGCAUGGGCUCUGGGUGUGCUACUGUACGCUAUUAUGGAGAAUCGUCUUCCCUUUGAUGUUCUUCCCGGUACUCGUGGCGAUCCUGCCAAACUUCGGGCUCGAACACCUCACCGCAUCGCACGGGUCGAAUGGAGCUGGUACCGCUAUGCUAAUGAGGAUGAGGAAUGGGACCCUGAGAAAGGACGGGAUUUGGGUGGCGCCCGCGAUUGCGUGGAGGGUCUUCUGAAGCGCAACACUCGCCGCAAAACCCUUGAUCAAAUCGCCGCUAUCCCCUGGGUUCAUGAUGCCAUUGAUGUCCCCGAUGGUUUGAAACGAGGCGACAAGGAAGUGCCGUAG